CCGCCGAGCGGGCCGGGGAUCCGCCGGGCGGCCUGAGACGCGGCGCGAGCCACAUGCGAGCGGGCGCCCGGCGGCGGCGGCGGCAGCAAAAUCGGCAGCGGCGGCCACGACGCGGACGCGCCUGCAGCCGGAGCAGGAACAGCGGCAGCCACAGCAACAGCAGCCGCCACUGCAGUUAGAGCAGCAGUAGCAGCGGCCGCAGCAGCAGCAGCAGCAGCAGCAGCAGCCGUCGCAGCGAGCGGCGCUCGGCGGGCGCGCCCUCUUGAAGGAAGCCGCCCGCCCCCCCAUCGCCGCCCCCUCCGGCGUGUUCAUGCCCCCGGGGCCCCAGGGAGCGCCAUGGCCCGAGCACGCCAGGAGGGCAGCUCCCCGGAGCCCGUAGAGGGCCUGGCCCGCGACGGCCCGCGCCCCUUUCCCCUCAGCCGCCUGGUGCCCUCGGCCGUGUCCUGCGGCCUCUGCGAGCCCGGCCUGCCCGCCGCCCCCGCCGCCCCCGCCCUGCUGCCCGCCGCCUACCUCUGCGCCCCCACCGCCCCGCCCGCCGUCACCGCCGCCCUGGGGGGCCCCCGCUGGCCUGGGGGUCCCCGCAGCCGGCCCCGAGGUCCGCGCCCCGACGGUCCUCAGCCCUCACUCUCGCCGGCAGAGCAGCACCUGGAAUCGCCGGUGCCCAGCGCCCCGGGGGCCCUGGCGGGCGGCCCCACCCAGGCAGCCCCGGGAGUCCGGGGGGAGGAGGAGCAGUGGGCCCGGGAGAUCGGGGCCCAGCUGCGGCGGAUGGCGGACGACCUCAACGCGCUGUACGAGCGGCGGAGACAAGAGGAGCAGCAGCGACACCGCCCCUCACCCUGGAGGGUCCUGUACAAUCUCAUCAUGGGACUCCUGCCCUUACCCAGGGCCCGCGGGGCCCCGGAGAUGGAGCCCAAUUAGGUGCCUGCACCCGCCCGGUGGACGUCGGGGACUUGGGGGGCAGGACCCUCCCACCUCCUGAUGCCCUGGCCAGCGCGGGGGGACUUUUUCUGCACCAUGUAGCAUACCGGACUACCAGCCCUGCCUGUCCCAGGGGCGGGCCGGGGCAGCCACUCCAGCCCCAGCCCCGGCCUGGCCUGGGUGCACUGACGGAGAUGUGGACUCCUGGGUCCCUGGCGGAGAAGCCAGGGGAGAGAGGGCUGACGGACUGAGCGUCUGAAGGCGGCGGUGACGGAGAGGGUGGGGACAGAGCCGCCCGCCUCUGCCGCCCACCACCAUCUCAGGAAAGGCUGCUGGUGCUGGCUGCCCGUUCCAGCUGCAGGGGUGACACUGGGGGAGUCUCCCUCCCAGUGCUCCUUCACUUUGGGCCUGGCCUCAGGCCCCUGGUGCUUCCCCCCCUCCUCCUGGGGAGGGGGCCCGUGAAGAGCAAAUGAGCCAAACGUGACCACUAGCCUCCUGGAGCCAGAGAACGGGGUGGGUCUGAUUGGCUGCCCCAGCCCAGCGCCCAGCCAUCUUCCCUGAGCCAGCCGGCGGGUGGUGGGCAUGCCUGCCUCACCUUCAUCUGGGGGUGGCCAGGAGGGGCCCAGACUGUGAAUCCUGUGCUCUGCCCGUGACCACCCCCGCCCCCAUCAAUCCCAUUGCAUAGGUUUAGAGAGAGCACGUGUGACCACUGGCAUUCAUUGGGGGGGUGGGAUAUUUUGGCGGAAACCGCCCCAGCCUUAGUCCCCAGGGCGAAGCGCUGGGGGGAAGACAGGGGAGUCAGGGAGGGGGGGAAAUCGCAGAAGAGGGAGGAGUCUGGGAGUGGGGAGGGAUGGCCCAGCCUGUAAAAUACUGUAUAUGCGCUGCUGUAGAUACUGGAAUGAAUUUUCUGUACAUGUUUGGUUAAUUUUUUUUGUACAUGAUUUUUGUAUGUUUCCUUUUCAAUAAAAUCAGAUUGGAACAGUGAA